UCCUCGUUGGAGCAUAGAGGGGCGGUUCCUCACAUUCAGUAAAAUAAACACUGAGGGACGUAAUCUUAAUACGUCCUGCUGGUACCGCCUCAGUUUCCGCAUACUAGAUUACCAAAUAAUAAUGGCCUCUGAAGAAACAAGACCACUUUUGGGUUCAGCUGUGAGGAUAAACGACCCACCGCAGUCUCCAAGUGACUCCCAAGAAUACUUGGAUAAACUUCAGAAUCGGAAACUGUACUUGGCAACAUUUGCUGCUGUUUUGGGCCCUCUGAGCUUUGGAUAUGUGUUGGGUUACAGUUCACCUGCUAUUCCAAAUUUAAAGAAAAUUGAAGAUCUUGACCUCAGAUUAGACAGCAAUGAGGCAUCAUGGUUUGGGUCUGUAGUGACAUUGGGAGCUGCACUUGGUGGAAUACUUGGAGGAUGUAUUGUGGACAGAAUUGGAAGAAAGUUAAGUCUGAUGCUAUGUGCCAUUCCUUUUAUCUUUGGGUUUACUGUCAUCAUCUCUGCAAAAUACAAGUCAAUGCUGUAUAUUGGACGAAUAUUGACUGGCAUAGCCAGUGGUGUGACUUCACUAGUUGUUCCUGCCUGGGACUUGACUGGCGGUGGUUGGCUGUCGUGGGCUGUUUUCCUCCCUUCUUUAUGGCAGUUUUCAUGUGCUUUAUGCCAGAAACUCCUCGAUUCCUGCUUGCUCAGAAAAAACAGUUGGAAGCAAUUACUGCCCUGCAGUUUCUUAGGGGCCCUCUAGUGGAUCAUGAGCUGGAAUGCAGACAGAUAGAAGCCAAUUUUAGCGAACAGGAAAACCGAUUGAGGUGGGCAGACUUCAAGAAUCCUGCAAUAUACAAGCCCUUUGUUAUUGGUGUUUUGCUAAUGCUUUUUCAGCAGUUCUCUGGGAUCAAUGCAAUUAUGUUUUAUGCAGAGACCAUCUUUGAAGAUGCUGGUUUUAAGAACAGUAGCAUUGCAUCUGUUAUUGUAGGAGCUAUUCAGGUGGCUUUCACUGCAGGAGCUGCACUUAUUAUGGAUAAAGCAGGACGAAAAAUUCUUCUAAUUAUAUCUGGGGCCAUUAUGACGGUCAGUUCUGCUGUAUUUGGAGCUUAUUUUAAAAUUGUUGAAGUUCAGAACAACUCUUCAUUAACUGACACAGGCCACUCCACAAUGCCUACACCAGUUCUCCAAAAUACAGAAAACCACCUUGCCUGGCUGGCCCUUGUAUGCACAAGUGUAUUUAUAGCAGGUUUUGCCAUUGGUUGGGGUCCUAUUCCUUGGUUGGUGAUGUCGGAAAUAUUUCCUGUUAAAGCUAGAGGUGUUGCCAGCGGAGCGUGUGUACUGACUAACUGGUUAUCUGCCUUCCUAGUCACUAAAGAGUUUCAUGACCUCAUGGUUUUCCUUGGCUCGUAUGGAACAUUUUGGUUCUUCGCCAGUUCUUGUGCACUAAGUAUCCUCUUCACUUGCCUUUGUAUCCCUGAAACAAAAGGAAAGACACUGGAACAGAUUGAAGCUCAUUUCAGAGGAGUGCAGGAAUUCAUCAGUUAACAGUGGUCUUUGGUAGAUGUCCAGCAAAGGAAUGACUUGUUCAUGGUGCUUAUCUCAUUCAACAAAGAAGGCUAGAAAUAAACUACAGUGUACAUCAUAUUCACAGUUCUAUAUGAUGACUGAUCAAAGAGGGAUUAUUUUCUUUCAUUACCAUCUUUACAUAAAACUGUUGUCAGUUUUCUUUUCACACGUUAGUGUGGAGACUGUUGCACCUGCAGUUAAUAUAUUGUUAUUUUGUGCACUUUGAAAUGUACGUUUUAAAAUGUUUCUUCUUUUUCCAUAAAGAAGGUAUGUUUUUUGUACAUGACUUUGAAAUGUGUUUUGUACAUUAAUAAAAGAUGAUUAGCAUCAAA